GGAGCCUCGGUCCAAGCCUGGCCUGGCUGGAAGGGGAGGGGGCUGUGGGGCCCGGACGUCAGAUGCCAUCAGCUCCCAGGGGACCGUUAAAGUCGCCGCGCUGCCAGGCGGGCCAGGGUGUCUGCAGAGGUCCCUGCCUCCUCGACGCCCGCUGCAACCCGCCUGGGCUGCCCGGCCUGGCCGGCGCUGACUGCACGAGGUGACGCGUGACCCUUCCAGCCAGCUAUGCCCCUGCUGCCCAGCACCGUGGGCCUGGCAGGCCUGCUCUUCUGGGCAGGCCAGGCAGUGAACGCCUUGAUGCCCAAUGCCACCCUGGCACUGGCCCGGACCGAGGGCACAGUCGUGUGGCCCCUGAGUGGCCUGGGGGUGCCCCGCUACCGGCGGAAGCGCCACAUCUCUGCCCGGGACAUGAGUGCCUUAUUGGAUUAUCACAACCACAUCCGGGCCAGUGUGCACCCACCUGCGGCCAACAUGGAGUAUAUGGUCUGGGACGAGCGGCUGGCCAGGUCUGCCGAGGCCUGGGCCACCCAGUGCAUCUGGGCCCACGGGCCCUCACAGCUGAUGAGACACGUGGGCCAGAACCUGUCCAUCCAUUCUGGCCGGUACCGCUCGGUGGUGGACCUCGUCAAGUCUUGGUCUGAGGAGAAGCGGCAUUACUCGUUUCCGGCCCCCAGGGACUGUCGCCCACAUUGCCCCUGGCGCUGCAGCGGCCCUGUCUGCUCCCACUAUACCCAGAUGGUGUGGGCAUCCUCCAAUCGGCUGGGCUGUGCCCUCCACACCUGUGGCAGCAUCAACGUCUGGGGCAACACUUGGCGUCAGGCAGUGUACCUGGUCUGCAACUACGCCAUUAAGGGCAACUGGAUUGGCGAGGCACCAUACAAGAUGGGGCGGCCGUGUUCUGCCUGUCCCCCAAGUUACCAAGGCACCUGCAGUAGCAACAUGUGUUUCUCUGGACUCAAAUCCAAUAAGCUUCUGUGGUUCUAA